UUUGUGUAUGACAACAACCCAAAAAUGCGCCCUUCUCUUUCACUCAUCCUGUCCUUUCGGCUACUUAUUUGAUUUGAACGUAAAUUGGCCAAGAAUUUAUCAACUAUAACUCCUUCUCUCUCCUCUUUCUCUCUCUGCCCGCUUAUAUAUCUGACAUUGCUCAAGCCAACAUACAACUAUAUAUUCCUUUCUUAUUGGAUGCUCAAACAUUUUGGUAUCUCUCUUUUUUCUUGACCUUCACUUUAUGCGUUUUCGUGGCGAAUCUGGAGGAUUUUGAGGUUCUCGGUGUGACCCGUUUCUUAAAGGUUCGUCAAUGGAGGAGGAAAUCUCAUGGGUUAGUCAUUGUAUUGACAACGUUGAUAGCUGCCCUGUGGGAUUUGACUCAUUCUCGGAGCUUAAUGAGGAAGCCGACAGAGGAGUUUCUGCAGUUUCUAUGGAUGUAGUUCUGCCCGAUGAUCUUCUGGAACGGAUAAUAUCCUAUCUCCCCAUCGCUAGCACCUUUAGGGCGGGAUGCGUGUGCAAAAGAUGGCAUGAGAUAGUGACAUCGAAGAGGUUUCUUUGGAACAAUUCUCAUGCGUUGUUACAAAAGCCUUGGUACUUCAUGUUCACGAGCUCUGAUGACCCGAUUGGUUAUGCGUAUGAUCCCAUUCUCCGUAAGUGGUAUGGCAUUGACCUUCCUUGCAUCGAGAAAUCAAACUGGUUCAUUGCUUCAUCGAGUGGCCUAGUCUGCUUUAUGGACAAUGAUAGCAGGAGUGAGCUGUAUGUAUGCAAUCCGAUCACCAAAUGUUGCAAAGGACUUGAUGAGCCUCCGGGUCCUAUAUUUCCCGACUACAGUGCUUUAGCGGUCUCAGUCAACAGAGCGACUUGCAGUUACAAUGUCUCGAUUAUCAAAUCCAAGCAGGUCCCUGAAAAUUUCUUUCAGUGGGAUCUCUCCAUCCAUCUAUAUGAUUCAGAAACGCGGGAAUGGCUAACUGAUCUGACCGAGGUUUUAACAGGGUGGAGAGCCGGUGAUGAGAGUGUGAUAUGUGAUGGGGUAUUAUACUUCUUGAUUUACUCGAUCGGAGGUGGUGGCCCUGACAACCGCCACGGCCUUAUCAUGUAUAACCUCAGAAGCCGGUCGCCUUAUGGCCUACUGAUGAGGAGUUUCGUUCCGGUUCCAUGCUCUCUCACAUGUGGCCGCCUGAUGAACCUGAAGGAAAAACUUGUGAUGGUCGGAGGCAUUGGCAAACAUGAUCGACCGGGCAUUAUAAAGGGCAUCGGGAUCUGGCUUCUGAAGGGGAGAGAGUGGCAAGAGAUUGCCCGAAUGCCCCAUAAAUACUUUCAAGGUUUUGGUGAGUUUGACGACGUCUUUGCCAGCAGUGGGACGGGCGAUCUCAUAUACAUUCAAAGUUAUGGGGCUCCUAUGCUUCUUGUUUUUGACUUUGACCAGAAGCAGUGGAAGUGGUCUCAGAAAUGCCCUGUGAUCAAGAGGUUCCCCCUUCAGCUAUUCACCGGCUUUUGCUUCGAGCCAAGGCUCGAAAUCGCACCCUAGCUUUCCUGCUUAUUAUAUAUACAUAAUCCAAUUAUACAUGAAGCAGCCAUUGAUGCCACCAUGUUCUCUGCAAUUCCAAAAUGCUUAGGUUUUGAACUUGUUUUAGCUUUGUUUACGACGAUUCAAUUCGUAGUAAUGCCUCUAUAGGUGAAUGCCAUCAUUGAAUUGAUGAACUUUGCUGAUAAUGACCAUGUUAAGAUCAUUAUUCUUUACAUUCAUAGAUUCAAUUUACAAGUUUAUUAGUGGUAAAAAUGUAAACUUUAUUAUCUAAUUUUUAUUGUGUUUAUCUUCAAUCUUGGAAUGAACAAUUAUCUGUUCACUUUU